CUGUGAACCUGCGCGUAAUACACUCCUGCGCACUCCGCUGUGACAACUACUUCGCGUCGAUACUCGUUCCGGAAAAUGGAGAACAAUACAACGACAAAGAAAGUCAACAUUAGCCACAUCAGUGGCAAUGCGGUCUCCUACAACCAGGAUGACAAUAGUGUAGCUGAUGGCUACGGUAUGUUCCAGUCCAGGGAACAGAUCAUCUCCGAUUCCAAGGGUCAGUUGGAGAUGGAGAAUGGAAAGGCCUUGAACAGUCAACACAAUGAUGGACAUCAUCAUGUUACGCACCCAACUUCAUAUGCCGAUACGAUGCUGCAUCUGUUCCGUGGUAACAUUGGUACGGGUCUCCUGGCCAUGGGAGAUGCCUUUAGGAAUGGAGGGAUCGUCUUCUCGCCCAUUGUCACCGCACUGCUUGGCAUCAUCUGCGUACAUGCGCAACAUUUACUGCUCAACUGUUCAGAGGAAAUGCAUCGUCAGUCGAAGCGGGACCGUCCGCCAGGAUUUGCUGAUACAGUUUACCUGGUGUUUGCCAGUGGCCCUCUGAAGUACCGAGGACUGGCAGCCUUUAUGAAGGUGAUGGUCAACGGGUUCCUCUGCAUCACGCAGCUCGGGUUCUGCUGUGUUUACAUCGUCUUUAUUGCGAAUAACGUGAAAAUGAUUUGCGACCAGUACAGCAUUCAUAUUGACUUAUCGAUUCACAUGAUAUUUGUGGUGGUGCCGGUACUUCUGGCUUGCAUGGUGCGGAACCUGAAGUACUUGACUCCAUUCUCCACCAUAGCCAACAUUAUGAUGGCUACGGGGGUCGCCGUUGUGAUCUACGAAGCCACCCAGGAGUUGCCGGCCGUGGAGACCAGGGAAUACAUAGGAUCAUGGCAACAACUACCUCUCUACUUCGGAACAGCUAUUUAUGCUUUUGAGGGAAUCGGACUGGUUUUACCCCUCAAGAAUGAAAUGCGCAACCCGGAGAAAUUCCAAAAGCCAUUGGGCGUGCUGAACGUCGGCAUGGUAGUGGUGGGCAGCAUCUUCAUAACUGUGGGCUUCCUAGGCUAUCUGAAGUGGGGAGAUGACGUGCUUGGAAGCUUGACCCUGAACUUGCAGCCAGGCAGAGUGCUCAGCAACGUGGUCCAGGCUUUGAUCGCACUAUCGAUUCUGUUUACGUACCCGCUGCAGUUCUAUGUACCUGUUGCUAUCACUUGGCCGACCAUACAGAAGAAGUUCGCUGCAACAAACCCCAUUGCUAAGGAGCUGGGUUACAGAGCUCUGCUGGUACUCCUUACUUUUGUUCUAGCAGAAUCGAUUCCAGAGCUCGGUCUGUUCAUCUCACUGGUGGGAGCCGUGAGCAGCACAGCCUUGGCCCUGAUGUUCCCGCCCCUCAUCGAGCUCGUGUCCACAUCACAGAAGCCUGGAGGAAUUCCCAAACACAUGCUACUCAAAGACGGGUUUAUCAUCCUUCUAGGAUUGUUUAUUUUCGUCACUGGAACGUACGAGAGCGUGGUUUCCAUCGUCAGGGCUUUCCAGGUCUAGAUCUUAUAGUUAGAUAAUAGAUUAGUGGUAAUUAGUGGUCUAUUGUUGACUCAUUAUAAUACAACCUCUAUAUUUUUAGAUAUCGCGGGUCGAGUUUUGUAGUUUGACUAUUUCUUAAAUGAUAUUGAAUAUUUAUUUUCUAUUUAUUGUUUUAAACUAUUUUGUAUACCAUUUUAAAGUGUAAUGAAAUAUUAAUAAUACUGUCCAAGACAGAUUAAUUGUAGUAGAGUUGUUACUUAUAUUUUAUGAACAUUUACCACAUGGCUACUGUUGUUGGUUCAUGUCAUCUACCUGUAGCUAUCUCUAUCUGUUGUUCUA